AUGUCAACCGAACCUUCUCUCCCUAAAUCAGCAGAGGCAGAGCACGAGUGCAAAGAAAGCUCAUGCAAAAGAUGCAGAGGUCAUAAAUGUGAAGAAAAACCCAAAGUUCCCAAACAGCGACAAAGACUUUUACCUGACAAAUCUGAACAUCUGGUUUUGUUUACUCCCCCCUUUUAGAUUGGAACAAAAAAUCGGUAAAUUUCCAUUUUUUGGUAUUUUAACCCUUUUAAAUUGGAAUUAAAUCUUUUUAUAGGAAAUUUCUAUACUAAAUUUUUAUAAAAUAAGUUUUGACCUAAUUUAAUGGAUAAAAUGCAAGUAGAAUAUUAGUUAAACAGUUUUCACACUGAAUCUUUUAAUUUUUUGAAUUUUCUUCACAAACAAAAUUUCAUUAUAUCGUGUUCAAUUUAUAUGUUUUUUAAUUUAUAAUGUAAAAAAUAAUUAAUCCCAUUUGAACUGGAACAGGAUUUAGUUUCAUUUAGGGGGGGGAAAUUAAGAUAAAGUAUCCUUCUCUAUAUGAAAAACUCAGAUCAGCCAUUGUGCAGUUCAGACUGCUUGGAGAAGAAAAAGGCAUCGGAAGAAUGAGGAACAACCAAGAGCCAAUGAUUUCAGAAUGAAAUGAUCUUUUAGAAAACAAAUUCAAAGAAAUCAGAAGGAGAAAGCGACUGGAUUUAGCAAAAUAUAAUGUGAUAUCUUCUCUUGAUGACCUUACGAUGAAUGAUAUGAGAAGAAAUAAUUUACUGUCUGGAGAAGAAAAAAUCACCACAAACUAUGGCACAAAAACGUUCGCAGAAGUUAUUGAGUCGUUGAAGAAGUCCCCAUUUUUCAUUAACUACAUGAAAAGAAAAGAAGUAGAAAAAGAAAUUUUAGAAAUCGGUCCUGAUUUAUUUGCACAGAUCGAGCUCGAAGUAGCUGAAGAGGUGAUUGGAGAAUAUAAUGACUAUUUAGUUCAAGUCAAAAAUUUAAGAAAAAAAUACUUGCAGGAAAGAAGUAAAAAAAGUUCAGAUAAAUUGAGGACAGAAAGCUCAAGAAGCUAUGAAAAUGGAUCAUUUACUGAUAGAUCAUCACUGUAUAGAAAAUCGAAUGAUCGGCCUGCAAGUUUGUCAAGAGGGAAAAUCACAUAUAAAAAAAACACUAUUGAUUUAUACACAGGUGGACCAAAUAUUAAAAAAUUUGAAUGGAAAAUAUAUUCAUAUGAAGAUAGAAUCUGUGCUGCAAUAAAAAUUCAAUCUCAUAUUAGAAGAUAUUUGGCUAGAAAACACUACAUAGCAUUAAAGCUUAACAGAUUGAGACAUAAAAACCGCUCAAAAUCUGUUAAUAGACCGAAUAGAAAAACGCUUUCAACCCUUGAAGACGAAAAAAUUUCGAAGCUUGAGCAGUUAAUUUCUUUUAUAAAAGAAAACGAUUUAAAAUCAAUAAAAAAAAUCACUCAUACUUUUUCCAUAGAUGCUUUAAAUUCAAAAGAUAGCAGAGGAAAUACAGCGCUUUAUUAUGCUUGUCAGCAGGGUUCUCUUCUUAUGGUGUCAUAUUUGUGCACAUUAGGUGCAAGUAUUAAUAUAAAAUGUGAAAAAAAUUCCACUGCUUUGCAUGCUGCAUUUAUGAGCGAUAAUGCUGAUCUUGUAUACUACUUACUCUCCCCUCUCUGUGAGCGAGGAAAACAAUUGGAAAAAGUCCUAUUUUUAGGAAAAUUUUUUAAUAUAAAACAAUUUUUCUCAAAAAAUAUUAUGCUUGAAAUAGUUAUGGGAGGGCUUCUACAAGUAGAAAAUAAUUCAUCUUAUGGAGUAGAGACCCUCCGCAAUAUAUGGAGUGGUUUAUAUACCAACAUAUAAACAAUUAUUAUAAUGAAAUCUCUAGUUAAUUUACUCUAAAGAAUGAAUUUGACUACUUAAAUCAAUAUUAAUUUCAAGAUUUCGAAAAAAAAAUCAAUAAAAAAAUAAGCUGAAGGAAAUUUUGUUGCUCACUCACGAAGGUGGGGAAAGUUAAUAAAUAGAGGAGGAGACUUAACUGUUUUUAAUGAUGAUUUUUCAACUCCUUUAGAUUAUGCAAGUGGAAAAUUAGCCUCUCUUCUUGGAGUCAACUUGAAGCAGCCUAAAGGGAAAAUAGUAGAUAAAGGAGUAAUUAUGAAAAAAUUCAAGCACGGAGCUCUCAGCUAUUUAAGAAAGCAUGAAAGGAGCAACACAGAAAUUAAAAAGCAAGAAGCUAUUUAUACUGAAACUUCAGAAGAGCCAGAAAUGCUGGCUACAUUUCAAGUUAGAGAAAUUCGAGAAUACAGCCCACUAUAUCCUACUGAAAGAUCUUUAUCGCAAAUUUCUCUGAUUUCUCAAGGAAAUUUUUACGAAAAAGGAAACACCUAUUCAAAUAUGGUUAAAUUAUAUAAGAGGAUUAAAGAAGACCAAUGUCCACCUAUAAAAAGAAUUUGUAGAACAAGGUCACAAAUUUUGCGAGAGGAGAGAAAUAAAAUUUUGAUGAAAGAAAUGCCGAAAAUUAAAUUGCUGUCUUAA